CUAUUGUAUCAUUUUCGUUCGGUGUUUGCGCUGGAUGUUGGACUUUGUAGUUUGUCGCCAGUAGAUUGCCCCCUCAGUUGGUGCUGUGAUUAACUACUACUAGGUUUAUCUGUAGAUACGUCACUCAGUUUGGUUACUUAUCUACAUUCGUACGCGAAUAACACAAUUUAGCAUUUCACUGUGAUCGCAGCAGUCGGAGUCAGCUGUCGUCUUUGUCAAGAGGUAAUUAUAAACUUUCCAAAAUGCCUAGAAAAGUGUUCGUUGUUGGCGUCGGUAUGACGAAUUUCAUCAAACCGAGCACUGGACCUGACUACCCCGAGCUGGGCAAGGAGGCCGUGCUGGCCGCGCUAGCUGACGCCCGCAUCAAGUACACCGACAUCCAACAAGCGGUGUGCGGCUACGUGUUCGGUGACUCCACCUGCGGCCAGCGCGUGCUCUAUCAGGUCGGCAUGACUGGUAUCCCCAUAUUUAACGUAAACAACAACUGCUCGACUGGCUCCAACGCACUCUACCUCGCCAAAAAGCUUAUUGAAGGUGGUGUCUCAGAUGUCAUGCUAGCUGUAGGCUUCGAGAAAAUGGCGCCUGGCGCCUUAGCAGCUGGUGUAUUCAACGACAGAACCAACCCCUUGGAUAAGCACACACUUAAAAUGGCCGAGCUAGCUGAAUUAACAGGUGCUCCAAUGACUGCUCAAUACUUUGGUAAUGCAGCUGCUGAACACAUGAAGAAGUAUGGUACCACUGAACUUCACUUAGCUAAGAUUGCUGCAAAGAACCACCGUCAUGGAGCUAAAAAUCCUCGUGCUCAGGGUAAGAGAGAAUACACUGUAGAGGAAGUAUUAAACUCUAGAAGGAUCUAUGGUCCCCUAACCAAGCUAGAGUGCUGUCCCACGAGUGAUGGAGCAGGUGCUGCUGUCCUCAUGUCAGAGGAGGCAGUCAUCCGCUACGGUCUACAGGCCAAGGCAGUUGAGAUUAUUGGUAUGGAAAUGGCGACAGACACUCCUGCUGUGUUUGAGGAGAACAGUUUGAUGAAGGUUGCAGGAUAUGACAUGACUGCUUUGGCAGCCAAGCGUUUGUACCAAAACACUGGUGUUUCACCAAAACAGGUUGAUGUUGUAGAACUGCAUGACUGUUUUGCUGCUAAUGAGAUGAUAACAUAUGAAGGACUCCAGCUGUGUGGGGAGGGUGAGGCCGGCAAGUUUAUUGAUGCUGGUGACAACACAUAUGGGGGCAGAGUAGUAGUGAACCCGAGUGGAGGUUUGAUUGCUAAGGGCCAUCCUCUGGGAGCUACUGGCUUGGCUCAGUGUGCCGAACUUGUUUGGCAACUCCGUGGCGAGGCUGGAAACAGACAGGUGCCGCGCGCCAAGAUCGCACUUCAACACAACCUUGGACUUGGAGGAGCAGUCGUCGUCACCAUGUACCGCAAAGGAUUCGCCGACAUCGCGCCCAAUGCCGUCGCCGUCGCCGGCAACCCCGAGGACUUCAAAGUCUACAAGUACAUGAAGAUCCUCGAGGAGGCGAUGGCAAAUGACACCGACAACCUCAUUGAGAAGGUACGAGGCAUCUACGGAUUCAAAGUGAAGAACGGCCCCAACGGCGCGGAAGGUUACUGGGUCAUCAACGCCAAGGAAGGCAAAGGCAAAGUCACAUACAAUAGCAGCGAGAAACCCGAAGUCACGUUCACAGUGAGCGACGAAGAUGUAGUAGACCUAAUUUCUGGCAAACUGAACCCACAGAAGGCUUUCUUCCAAGGCAAGAUCAAGAUUCAGGGCAACAUGGGUCUCGCCAUGAAAUUGACGGAUCUGCAGAGACAAGCGGCCGGCAAAAUCGACACAAUCCGCUCCAAACUGUAAAUUAAAACCGGUUGUAAACUGGUACUAGUUUGUAUUAUUGUGGUUACGGACAUGAGGUAGGGGUAUUUUUAUACUAAACGAUCACACACAAACUUUUAUACUCAGCAACAUGUUGGGAGACUGCUGGUCACGACACAUGUGCAAUAUUCAACUACAUGCCUAUAUUAUGUUGUAUUUAUAAUGAUUUAAUCAUUCCAAAUGAUAUUUAAAUGUAAAUUGCACUAUUAUUGUUAUUAAAUCAGAUUUUUGUACAAA